AUGAAAAGCGAGAAUCUCUCCUACAGUCUCAAUAAUGCAAUCAACUACACCACAGUGGUGGCUGUUCUCAUCGCCACUAUUGCUUUUGCUGCCAUAUUCAAUGUCCCAGGCCAAUAUGCUGACAGUCCUCAAGAUAUUUCACCAGGAGUCUCUCCUGGACAAGCGAGAAUCGCUCCAAAACUGCAGUUUAUGAUUUUUAUCGUCUUUGACGUUGUUUCCCUCUUCAUAUCGUUGGCUGUUGUGGUGGUGCAAACCUCAGUUGUAGUCAUACAGAGAAAAGCAAAGAAGCAGAUGAUGGCUAUUAUUAAUAAGCUCAUGUGGUCGGCUUGUGUACUGAUUUCCAUUGCAUUUCUUUCCCUUUCGUAUAUUGUGGUUGGAGAAGAUGAGAGGUGGUUAGCUUACCUAGUUACUGGUAUAGGGACUGUUAUCAUGGUAUCAACGUUGUGGACACUGUGUUAUUGGGUGAUUGUGAACCGCAUCAAUCCGCAGGUCUUCUAUGAAUAG